AUGUCAAAGAACCUCGUGGAUCACGCUGCAUUGAUGCGGACGCUGGGCAUCACCAUCCAUCCUACCCCCAGCCCUCUUCCGGUGCCAUCGUCCGCUCCUGCUCAUAUCGAUGGGGCAUCUACCUUUCAUAGGGACCCGUCACCAACGGAGGACACGCCCAUGAAGGAGGAACCGGAUCAUCCAACAGCUCCCGGGACUCCGGCAGCACCAGGGAGCCUCUCGCGCACUCCCAGUUAUAGCACGCGUCUGGGAUCGAGGGCUGCAGCAUGGCCUAUCAGGCUGGGAGCGUAUACCGUGGAGGACGAUGCGGCAUAUGCGUAUGCCGCAGCAUCAUAUGUGAUCAGGCGCAAGGACCACAUCCCGCACACGAAUGAGCUGUCUGACGUGGAGAAGGCCUUCCUUCUCGGGUGUGUUCGCGACGACGUGAGGCAUCUUGUCAAGGCACGGAUGUGGUGGAGGUGGCGUCAGUGGAGGACAGCAAUGGCAGAGCUGGGCAUUGCUCCUGGUACUCCCUUCCCCCUCGAGAACACUGGCUCACGCUCACCCAACAACAGCAGUGGUGAUGACGACGGGGAUGACAGGAUGGUGCAUGAGGUGGAGGCCGUGGACGAGGAGAAGCCAUAG